UCUGACGUGGCCCGGAUGACGGCUGCACACAAAUCAUUGACCAGUCGCCUUCAAAAACUUCUUAAAACCUUCAAAAAAUGAUUUAAUUCUCACCGAUCAAAUCCAAACGUGUCUAGUGUACAGCUGUUCUCCGAAUACUUCUGAUUAGUGCGUAAAAUCAGGAAAGCAGGAUGACGACCUAUGAGGACUUCAUCCAGCAAAAUGAGGAUCGUGAUGGUGUCAGAUUCACGUGGAACGUGUGGCCAUCAUCUCGAGUGGAAGCCACCCGCCUCGUAGUCCCCCUGGGGACUCUCUACCAGCCCAUAAAGGAACGCCUGGAUCUUCCCCCUAUCCAAUACGACCCAGUCCUCUGCACCCGGUCCACUUGCCGAGCGAUUCUCAAUCCCCUCUGCCAGGUGGACUACAGGGCGAAGCUCUGGGUCUGCAAUUUCUGUUUCCAACGAAAUCCCUUUCCCCCGCAAUAUGCAGCCAUCAGCGAGCAGCACCAGCCAGCUGAGCUCAUCCCCAUGUUCUCGACGAUCGAGUACACCAUCACCAGGGCCCAGUGUCUUCCGCCAAUUUUUUUACUGGUCGUGGACACCUGUCUGGAUGAGGAAGAACUGGGGGCCCUCAAGGAUUCCCUCCAAAUGUCUUUGUCACUACUUCCACCCAGUGCUUUGAUUGGCUUGAUUACUUUUGGAAAAAUGGUGCAGGUACACGAAUUAGGUUGCGAGGGCUGCAGCAAAAGCUACGUAUUCCGUGGAACAAAGGAUCUCCAGCCAAAGCAGGUGCAGGAUAUGUUGGGAAUAGGGAGGCCGGUUGCAGGUCAGAAUAUGAAUCAGAGGAAUCCCAACGUACAGCCCCUCCCCCCAGCGAAUAGGUUCCUCCAGCCGGUCCACAAAUGUGACAUGAGCCUUACCGACCUUCUGGGAGAGCUCCAAAGGGACCCCUGGCCUGUGGGAGUGGGCAAAAGGCCCCUGAGAUCCACUGGAGUGGCUCUGGCUGUGGCCACUGGCCUCCUAGAAGCUAGUUACGCCAAUACUGGAGCCAGGAUCAUGCUGUUCGUUGGUGGGCCGUGCUCUCAGGGCCCUGGACAGGUAGUUACAGAUGAGCUCCGACAGCCCAUCAGGUCUCAUCAUGACAUUCACAAGGAUAAUGCCAAGCAUAUGAAGAAAGCCACGAAGCAUUACGACAGUUUGGCUGUCAGGGCUGCUGCCAAUGGCCACAUCAUCGAUAUUUAUUCGUGUGCACUCGAUCAAACGGGACUCUUGGAGAUGAGAAUGUGCUGCAACUCCACUGGGGGACACAUGGUCAUGGGAGACUCGUUCAACUCCUCGUUGUUCAAGCAGACCUUCCAGAGGGUCUUCGCUAAAGACGCCAAGGGUGAUCUGAAGAUGGCUUUCAACGCUACUCUGGAGGUCAAGACGUCUAGGGAACUGAAGGUUUCCGGAGCCAUCGGCCCCUGCGUAUCCCUCGGUGUGAAAGGCGCCAGCGUUGGUGAGCAAGAGGUCGGUCUCGGUGGCACAUGUCAGUGGAAAUUCUGCUCCUUAACCCCCUCCACCACAACAGCCUUAUUCUUUGAAGUUGUCAAUCAGCACGCAGCACCCAUACCCCAAGGGGGAAGAGGCUGCAUUCAGUUUAUCACGCAGUAUCAACACAGCAGUGGACAACGAAGAAUCCGAGUGACAACAGUUGCCAGAAACUGGGCAGACGCUUCCACCUCCCUCCAUCACAUUUCAGCUGGUUUCGAUCAGGAAGCAGCGGCUGUCUUGAUGUCCAGACUAGCUGUCUUCAGGGCUGAGGGUGACGAUGGUAACGACGUACUGCGCUGGGUCGACAGAAUGCUGAUAAGACUCUGCCAGAAAUUCGGGGAAUACUCCAAGGACGAUCCCAAUAGCUUCAGAUUAGCUGAGAAUUUUUCACUCUAUCCCCAGUUCAUGUAUCACCUGAGGAGAUCUCAGUUCCUCCAGGUGUUCAAUAAUUCACCUGACGAGACGAGUUUCUACAGGCACAUGCUCAUGAGGGAGGACCUCACUAAUUCCCUCAUCAUGGUUCAACCUAUUCUGUACAGUUAUGGCUUUGGAGGGCCUCCAGAGCCUGUUCUGCUGGACACAUCGAGCAUUCAGCCUGAUAGGAUUCUUCUCAUGGACACUUUCUUCCAAAUUCUUAUAUUCCAUGGGGAGACUAUCGCUCAGUGGAGGCAACUCAAGUACCAGGAUCAACCGGAGUACGAGAAUUUUAAGCAGUUACUGGCAGCUCCUGUUGAUGAUGCUGCGGAGAUCCUUGGGGGACGAUUUCCUGCACCCAGGUACAUUGAUACGGAGCAGGGAGGAUCACAGGCUAGGUUCUUGCUCAGCAAGGUCAAUCCCAGUCAGACGCACAACAAUAUGUAUGCCUAUGGAGCGAUGCCGAUGCCCAGUGCGGAGGGUGGAGCUCCAGUGCUAACAGACGACGUGAGUCUCCAAGUAUUCAUGGAACAUCUAAAGAAAUUGGCGGUAUCAUCAACUGCCUGAGCUAUAGAAUCGAAAAUAAGUGAAUUCAACAAUUCCCUGAAUUAAUUAAUAAAAUAAUUGUAAAUGGUAAUCGUCAUGAUUUUUUUGUUUCUUUUAUAUGAUAUAUUCGAGUAUGUAUAUGUAAAUCAUCUGAUUUGUCCUGUGCAUUUGUUGUAUAAGUGAAUGGGCACGUAUUUCUAUUUUUUAUUGUAAACGUCUGCUGAUUAACGACACAUUUCCAUAAUGUAAACACAAGAACUAGUGCAAGAAUAAUUAAACCAUAAACAUUCAAA